AUGGCCACCAACGGGCAGAAGACCAACGGGACAACCCAAUUCCACCCACGGAUGCUCAUCAAUGGCGAGCUGGUAGAGGCAUCGGACAAGAAGACCUUCACGCUGUACAACCCAGCAACAACUGGGAAGCUUGCAGAUGUCCCUGAGGCGACUGCGGACGACGCAAAUGCCGCUGUCGCAUCCGCAAAAGCGGCUUUUCCUUCAUGGUCUGAGACGGAUCCUGCAAAGCGCGGCAGCUACCUUAAGAAACUCGCGUCCCUGAUUCAGAGCCAUAAUGAGGAGUUGGCAAUCCUUGAAGCCCAGUCCAUGGGUAAGCCCGUGACAGGUUUCUUCGAUGCUCACGCCGCAGCCAGCAAGUACGAACACUACGCAGCAGCCUGGCCGCAAAUCAAAGGCGAAAGCAGCCUCAACACGCCAGGCCACAUCAGCGUGACCUUCCGCCAACCUUAUGGCGUUGUGGCUGUGAUAAUCCCCUGGAACGUGCCAUUGCUUUUCUUCGCCUCGAAAUCGGCACCCGCAUUGAUUGCUGGCAACACUGUGGUUCUUAAGACAAGCGAGAAGGCUCCACUCGCCGCCGCAAAGGUGGCCGAGCUCAUCAAGGAGGCAGGCUUCCCACCCGGUGUGUUCAAUGUCAUUUCCGGGCACGGAAACCCAUCUGGGUCGGUGCUCUCCUCUCACAUGGACGUUCGUGCUCUGAGUUUCACUGGCUCCGCCCGCACGGGUAGGCUUAUCCAGGAGGCAGCCGCGAAGUCCAACCUGAAGAAGGUCAUCCUGGAGCUCGGGGGCAAGUCACCUGCGUUGAUCUUUGAAGAUGCCGAUCUAAACAAGGCAGUCGUGGACACCAGCCAUUCCAUCCAGACCAACAGUGGGCAGGUCUGCAUGGCCAACAGUCGCGUUUACGUGCAGAAGAGUGUUGCUCCCAAAUUCAUUGAGGCUUUCCAAAAGAAAUUUGCGCACAUCACCGCCGGGGACCCAACCAAGAAAGAAACGGACCAUGGACCACAGGCGGACGGUGUCCAGUACUCUAAUGUCAUGAAGUAUAUCGAAGAGGGCAAGAGUGCCGGUGGUUCACUUGCAAUGGGUGGGAACGGCAAGCUAGACAGUCUAGGCGGAUACUUCAUCGAGCCCACUGUGUUCUUAGACACACCAGAAGACUCAAAGUUCAUGAAGGAAGAAAUAUUCGGGCCGGUGGUCAAUAUCAGCACGUUUGAGACCGAAGAGGAAGCCAUCAAAGUCGCAAACGACACUGAGUUCGGCCUCUACGCAGCGGUGUAUACCAAGGAUAUAGAUCGCGCCAUGAGAGUCGCCAAGGCACUUGAGAGCGGAUACGUGGGAGUCAAUUGCACGAGUCCCAGCAAUGCUCGCGAUAUGCCCUUCGGUGGAUACAAGUCCAGUGGCCAAGGACGCGAGGGAGGGAACUAUAGCUUGGACAAUUUCCUAGAGGUCAAGACGGUCCUGAUCGAGCUCGGGUCACGGCUGUGA